CGGGAGGCCUGGAAAGUUCCAGCUGGUUCGAGAAGCGGUUGGUACAGUAGGCUUCACUAGACUUAGCUGCAACUCAGAAUGUCUCCUCCAGCCCCUGAGUAAAUGCUGAUGGUCUUGUGGAGAGUGGAUUAAGAGGACGAGCUAAGUUCUCAAUCCCAAUUAAGAAGCGGAGGAAAAUUUAAACUGUCUCCUUCAAAGUUUAUCACAACCACCACCAUCAAGACAGCAAACCAAAGGACAAAGACUUUGACCUGCUGUGUUGCUCUGUGUAGUCCAGUUCACGUAUGGUUUCCAGACUUGGCUGGGGUUUCUCACGAGUAAAUAAAAAGUCGGACACUUCUGUCAUUGGACGUUUUUAUUCGCAAAGUUACCAAACAUGAGGGCUGUACUGGAGACAGCAGACAUUGCCAUAGUGGCCCUGUAUUUUAUCCUGGUCAUGUGCAUUGGUUUUUUUGCCAUGUGGAAAUCUAAUAGAAGCACCGUGAGUGGAUACUUCUUGGCGGGGCGCUCUAUGACCUGGGUAGCAAUUGGUGCCUCUCUGUUUGUGAGCAAUAUUGGGAGUGAGCACUUCAUUGGGCUGGCAGGAUCUGGAGCGGCAAGUGGAUUUGCAGUGGGCGCAUGGGAGUUCAAUGCCUUGCUGCUUUUGCAACUUCUGGGAUGGGUUUUCAUCCCAAUUUACAUCCGGUCGGGGGUAUACACCAUGCCAGAAUACUUGUCCAAGCGAUUUGGUGGCCAUAGGAUUCAGGUCUAUUUCGCAGCGUUGUCUCUGAUUCUCUAUAUCUUCACCAAGCUCUCAGUGGAUCUGUAUUCGGGUGCCCUCUUUAUCCAGGAGUCUUUGGGUUGGAACCUCUAUGUGUCUGUCAUCCUGCUCAUUGGCAUGACCGCUUUGCUGACUGUCACCGGAGGCCUUGUCGCAGUGAUCUACACAGACACCUUGCAGGCUCUGCUCAUGAUCGUUGGGGCACUCACACUUAUGGUGAUUAGCAUGAUGGAGAUUGGCGGGUUUGAGGAAGUUAAGAGAAGGUACAUGUUGGCCUCACCCAAUGUCACUUCCAUCCUGCUGACGUACAACCUUUCCAACACAAAUUCUUGUAAUGUCCACCCCAAGAAAGAUGCACUGAAAAUGUUGCGGAACCCAACAGAUGAAGACGUUCCUUGGCCUGGAUUCAUCCUUGGUCAGACCCCAGCUUCGGUCUGGUACUGGUGUGCCGACCAGGUCAUCGUGCAGAGGGUCCUAGCAGCCAAAAACAUUGCUCAUGCCAAAGGCUCCACCCUGAUGGCUGGCUUCCUGAAACUUCUGCCAAUGUUUAUCAUAGUGGUCCCCGGAAUGAUUUCCCGGAUACUGUUUGCUGAUGACAUAGCUUGCAUCAACCCCGAGCACUGCAUGCAGGUGUGUGGAAGCAGAGCCGGGUGCUCUAACAUUGCCUACCCGCGCCUGGUGAUGAAGCUGGUUCCCGUGGGCCUCCGGGGCCUGAUGAUGGCCGUGAUGAUCGCUGCUCUGAUGAGUGAUCUGGACUCCAUCUUCAACAGUGCCAGCACCAUAUUCACCCUCGACGUGUACAAACUCAUCCGCAAGAGCGCCAGCUCCCGGGAACUGAUGAUUGUGGGCAGGAUAUUUGUGGCCUUCAUGGUGGUGAUCAGCAUUGCGUGGGUGCCCAUCAUCGUGGAGAUGCAAGGAGGCCAGAUGUACCUUUACAUCCAGGAGGUAGCCGACUACCUGACUCCCCCAGUUGCAGCCCUGUUCCUUUUGGCGAUUUUCUGGAAGCGCUGCAACGAGCAAGGGGCUUUCUAUGGUGGAAUGGCGGGCUUUAUCCUAGGAGCAGUCCGCUUGACACUGGCCUUUGCCUACCGUGCCCCAGAAUGUGACCAACCUGAUAACAGGCCAGGCUUCAUCAAAGAUAUCCAUUACAUGUAUGUGGCCACAGCGUUGUUUUGGAUCACAGGACUCAUUACUGUAAUUGUUAGCCUCCUCACACCACCUCCUACGAAGGAACAGAUUCGCACCACCACCUUUUGGUCUAAGAAGAGCCUGGUGGUCAAGGAGAGCUGCUCCCCAAAAGACGAACCAUACAAAAUGCAAGAGAAGAGCAUUCUGAGGUGCAGCGAGAAUAGCGAGGCCAUCAACCACGUCAUCCCCAACGGGAAAUCUGAGGACAGCAUCAAGGGUCUGCAGCCGGAAGAUGUUAAUCUGUUGGUGACCUGCAGAGAGGAGGGCAACCCAGUGGCUUCCUUAGGUCACUCAGAGGCAGAAACACCCGUGGAUGCGUAUUCUAACGGGCAGGCAGCGCUCAUGGGUGAGAAAGAGAGAAAGAAGGAAGCAGAGGACGGAAGCCGGUACUGGAAGUUCGUCGAUUGGUUCUGUGGCUUUAAAAGUAAGAGCCUUAGCAAGAGGAGUCUCAGAGACCUGAUGGAGGAGGAGGCUGUUUGUUUACAAAUGUUGGAAGAACCUCCACAAGUUAAAGUAAUACUCAAUAUUGGACUUUUUGCUGUGUGUUCACUUGGAAUUUUCAUGUUUGUUUAUUUCUCCUUAUGAAUUUUUAAGGAUAUGAUGAGACACUAACUUAAGAAAAUACUAGUAUUUGGAAAACAACAACGAAAAAAAACCCCUGCAAACUUAUGUAACUGUUGCAUCUCUCAGGCAUUGUUUACGCUGUAGGUUUUAGCCAAACUUUACUUAGCAGAAAAAUCAUCUAUUUGCAAGACUUUUAUUUUCCCAGAGAUGGAUGAAAGUAAAUUUUCAACCUAAAUGAAGUAAAACUUGUUUAAAAAGACUGAAUUGUGCAAACGUGGUUUAAAAUUUUCCAUACCAAAGUAAGGAGAGACCGAUUAUUCUCACAGAGCACUUAGAGCAGAGUCACACGCUAAGGUGUCAUGAGUAAGAUAACUGUCCACACUGCCAAAUCUUGGUAGGCCUUCUUACCCUGAAAUGGAAGACUUGCUCAUUUUAAAGUUUUUUCUCUGUCUCUGUAAUCCCUACUCCCAUUUUAAAGAACUGAAUUUGUACAUUGUAUAAUCCAUUAUAUACUGAAAAUCUAACAUGUGUUUGUGGAGUACUUGUUUCAGGGCAAGUUCGUUUGCCAGGUUCAUUCUGUUAGCAUGAGCCUAUGGAUUCUGUAUGCUGGAAGAAAGGAAGAGGAAUGUUUUCUUGUAGUUGUUCCUGUACCACCAGUAUAUGGAAUGUUGGAAAAAAGUUCAGCUGUUUUUUGUGUUCUUUUUUCUUUUUUUUUCCUCUGAAGUUUAAGUGAACCAUACUCAAAUGACCACCAAGUAGUUUUGUCUUUAUAAAGUUGUGUGUCAUGACUGUAUUGUAAAUGAUUAUGGGGGGGGGGGGAAUGAAGUUAACAUUGCUGAUCAUCCUCAAAUUUACUGACCAAGUUAAGAUCGUUUAUAUAGUUUGAAAAUUAGCAUCCCCUAAAGCAGUGUUUGAUCAGCUAAGCUGAACAGGUGAUUCCUCGUACACUGUUAAUUCUCUAGCUUUGUUCUUGUCAUUUGGUAACAUUCUUUAUUAACCAGUUAACCUUCCUGAGUGGAUCCAUUUGGAAAAUAUGUCCGGAAAUUUGAAGAAAAAUUGACUCAGCUUUUGUGGGUUGCCCCACUUGAUUAGAUUGUGGUACAUUGAAGUUGAGUUUUUAGAGUGAAAAUAUCAUUCUGAGAUCAUAAUGUAUCAUUCGUGAGUUUUUUUUUCAAAUAUUUUUUUAAAGACAACAUAUGUACACAGCCUCUGCAUUUUUGUUUAAACAGUUACAGUGAGUGAGAGCAUGAGGAUAGUUCAAUGCAAACAGGCCAUUAGUAAUAGAAAACUCAAAAGAGCGCAUGCUUUGCCACUGGUGGGUUGCAGUAUAGUCUUUCUGUAGGAUGGAUAGCAUAUUCAAGAGAACUUCUACGGGUUUAGUAGUGUGUCCUGUGGAGAUUACAGGACUUGUGUAAUUGUAGGACCCUCUGUCUUGACAUGGCUCGGUAUCCAGUUUCAGCAUUUUGGAAGAGAAUCCAUUUUUCACAGAUGGAUUCCCCUUCAUGAGGACAGGGUACAAAAGAUGUUUGAGAAAAACUCUCCACGUGAGGUCAUUCCUUGUGCAUGCUGUCCUUUUUCCUCCAUUGCAGAUGAAGGAAACUAAUUUUGUAUCUACUUUCUUUGACUUUUCUGUAAUCUCUGAUAUUUUUUAAAUUGCAUGAUUUUAUUAACCUUAUAUUUAGGGGAAAAUUAUUACUUUUUUAGAUACUUUUGUAGAUUUUGAAUCAAAACUCAGUCCUAAUGACUUUAAAUUUUUUUGUAUUUGUAAAUUAAGUUCAUUAUGAUGGACUUAAUUAGUUCAAAGUUGAUUUUUAGAAAUUAUUAGGUAGCAUAAUGUCUUCCCAUCUCCAGGAGGCUUUCUGAUGGACUGAGUCUGUAGUAAUUUGUGUUUGAAUAGUAUGAUUUCUGCAAGCUUAUUAGAGUGCCUUGUGGAAUUUUUUUCUUAGUUUCAUUCUUAAGGUUUAUAAGCUGGGGGCCAAAUGAAAGUAAGGACGGUCCUCGAGUGGAGGCCGAGGCUGUGACAUAGCCAAUGUUACAAAGUCUGUUAGGAAGAGCAGAAAACCGGGUGUCCGGAUCUGGACUCAUGGUUUGUCUUCUUCUCAAAGGAACUGUUCUUCUUUUGAGGCAGCCUUUUGGUAUUUGGGGAAAUAAUAGGAUCUUAGAUUUUUCAAAUUGCCAUUAAGUUGUAGAAAUUAAAAUUUUUCUUUGAACACAUUGCUGUGUAACUCAGCAGUGAGGUUUGACAUACUGGCUGAGCAGCCUUCUUACCCCUUCUGUUAAAAGCAUAAAUGAAUAGGUGGUGUCUUAAGUGGAUUUUCCCCCCUUUAUUUAAUGUUGAUUCCUAAUAGUUUGGGGUUUCAGCAUCCCCCUGCCUUCUCUCUGCUGUUGUCUUAGUAUGAUACAUAAAAUACAUCAUCUUGUGUCUUAUUUGUGUGUAUAUAGCAGUAGGUCAAGUUUAGAGUACUAAUGUUUGUAAAUAAGGAAUGGUUAUUAGCAUAUCCAUUAAGAUUGUUUAUUCUUGCCAGUGUAAACAUCACUUUAUUAGACUGAAGUCCCUGAAGCUUGCCCUUCUUAUUGCUUCCCAGUAAUAGAUAAUGUGCUUGAAUGAGUAUGUGAAUUCCUGAUUGCCGCUUCAUUUCAGGGGACCAUUCUUCAGUCUUUAUUUCAUUAGAAUGAUCAUGGAAUGAUACGUAGUCUCGUUAAGCUAGCAAAAUAGUCAUACUUUACACUAAAUGGGUCUUAAAUGAUGACAUUGAUAGCUAGACGUUAACAUGUAUAUAUUUUCUUAUUGGCUCGAGCUAAGGUUGAGAACUGGCUAAGAGUGAUUGACUGAAAUAGUUAGCUAAGAGUCAGGAUGAAGUGAGGACACUGGUACUCCAAGGUGGAGACAAAUACUGUCUCAUCUGGUAGCCCCAGUUCUUAGAUUUUGUCCUCUCAGGCAGUCUUCGUCUCAAGAUCUGAUGAGAAGAGCUUGUUGCCCUGGCCUACAGAGUGGUUAUGGGUUCCUUUGUGGGACGUCUCAUUUCCCUGUUGAAGAAUAUUUUGUCCUACCCUGAGAUAGUAAGUGGCUUUUGAAACAGCAGAGCCAAUCUCGUCCCUAGCCUUUCUUUCCUAGUGAAGUUAUCACUCUUAUCUUCUGGUUAGAGAAGCAUCGAGCAGUAGCAGUGCUGCUGUGUCCUUUGGCCUCAGUCCAGCAGAUCUGAUCUCCCAAGGCUUCUUUUUCACUUGGCUCAAAGGCGCCAUUGUCUUUCUGCAGAGAGAGGCUGGCCUGGGUCACAAAGCCCAAACACUAGCAGUGGCACGCAAAGUAGUUAACAGGGGCCUGUUGCUUCGUGAAAUUUCACAUUUUAAGAAUUGAGGAGGAGGGUUGCUACUCAAUUCUCUAACUUGAAGCUGAGUAGGGGCUUGAAAGUCUUGUCCAGGGUGGUUAGGAUCUUUAAGUUUCUACAUUUCUCAGUCCAUUGUUAUCGUCUCUAUAUUGGGUUUUGUGGAUCCUCUCUCUUUAGAGAGCACGUAAUACAGGUUACUUUCGUUCUUCACCACCCUGUAGACCUGCUGUAUUAUUAGCUAUUAAAAACUUAGACCCAUUAAUGUUCCCCUUUGGCAGUACUUUGCUUACGCUGUACUCCCCUGUGUCAUUUUCAUUUGAGGUGUGAUGGCUGAAAAUGACCACAUGGGUAUCUAGCAGUGACACCUCCACAUUUCCGAGUUUGGGUUGAGAGAUGUGUAAAGGCCAUUGCUGUUAAAUUAUGUGACUGCAGAGACUUGCCAGGACAAGAUUUUCUGAAGUCGGAAAAACUACUAGAGGAGAUGCUGAAAAGUACCUGGGUGUAGCAGACCUAGGCUUCAGUAUUCAUAAGAUUUCUCAUUAGUGGGGUGUUAAGUCGCUUGUCCUUUUAAUGUUGACGUUAGCCUGAGCAGGCGCGGCGAUAGGACUUACUCCUGUUUGUGUGUUGGGGUCCACCUACAUUCAGAGAGACUGGUUUCCCCUUGGUUUGUCUCCCCUCACAUUGCUUUAAUUAUUCACUUUUUCUUUGUUGGAACACUUAACAUAUUCCUAUUUUGAUCUUUUGUCAGCUUAAUUCACUUUCAGGCUUAUUGCCAUGGUGUGCAAAAGUGGUGCUUUGCCCCAGAUUUGAAGGCCUGGAUCCAGAGAAUGAUUCACUAAAUAGUAGUUGUGUUUAAAUAUACUAAAAUAUCUAUUAGCUUAAACUGUUGAUGCUCCAGAGUUUUAUUUUCAGACUUUGUGUUCACUAAUAACAAAAGCCCUAAUAAUUCAUCAAAAUUUUAUUCUCAAAGCUCAUUUUUCAAAAAUUAGGCAGAAAUAGUUAAAAUGUACACCAGUCCCUUGGAAAUGAUGGUAUCGCAAUGUAGAGAGGAAUGGAGUUUGUUUUGAUGCCAAAAAACCUUGUUGCAGCAAUUAAAGGUAAAAAGUUGGAACUAGUCAGCAUAUAGAGAAACUCUUUUGUACUAGUUAGGUGUGAAGCUGGAUUAUGUAAGAAGUAAUCUUUUGAUCACUACACUUGGUUUUCUUGGAUGACUUAACUCAGGGCUACAAACCCCCUUUUCCUUCAUUAAGCUAACUUCUCUUAAUUUGGUAUGUUUAUUUUGGUCAAACUCUCACCUCUGAUGGAAGAGUAGAUAUUCAGUUACUUUGACUGCAGAACAGAAUUUAGCUAAGGUUCAAAAUAAUUGAUAGGCUUUGCCAGUGCUGAGUCUCACACCAUUAUUCACGUUGUCGUAUAAAUGUUUUUAUUUAAACUUCUCUCUCCAGUGCUGGGAAUAAGGGUUUAAACUACUGAUUCGCCUUUAAAGGAAUGUUGUGUGAAUUGAUAUAAUUUAUGUUUGUUUCCAUCUCAAAUCCUUUAUAAAAGAUAGGGUUUAGCUUUUUGUUUCGGGUUAAGCACCCCAUUUAUCUGGUAACUAAUGGCCUUAACCAUUGGCAUGUAGUCUUUUGUUCAGAAAUAAACACAAAGGUUUGAUGUAUCUGCAUCAUUUCUCAUCUCAUGCACUUUACUUUUUGGAGGGAGGACCAUAUCUGAGACUUGACUUAAACCAGUAACCUUAAUUUAUGUAAUGACUUGAGGUUCGAUUUGGUUAUCUGGAUUUAUAGUGUGUUUGGGGAGAGGGAUGCUAGAAUAAAUAAGACAAAGCACAGUGGUCUCAGAUUCUUGUUAGUGUAGGCGCAGUGCCCUGUUCUCCUCAGAGAAGCCCUGGGUUGUGAUUGUUGCCGUGAUGAUGGAACCACCCCCCCUCGAAAGACAGCUUACAGAGAGUGAACUCUUAUCAUUGAGGGAAGUACAUUUUUUAGUGAUUUCGGCAACAGCACAGUUUGAGAGUAGGUACCCACAUCUUUAUUGGAGACUUGUUUUGACCCUGAUAAAUUCACCUUGUCCCCUAGUGCUGCUGGAUAAAGGAGUGUUUACUUUUUUUUAUUGCCUCUGGACAAACUUGUCUGGAUAAUUUUUCAGUAUAUCAAUGUCGCCUAUACCUCUAUAAGUGGAAUAUUCACUAAUAACUCACUUUUUUGUUUUAGUAGUAAGAAACUGAAAUUAAGCUCAUUGCUAUCUAGAGUAUUGAAAUCCCAAAUUGGCACAGGCCAUUCUGUAGGGUAUUCCUUAAUGUAAUCAGCUUCUGAAAUUUAUGUUUUGAUUAGUGCCUUCUGGUUGCUGAUAUUUAAUCUGCUAGUUCACACCUUUCCCUUUCUUGAUACAUAACUCUUAUACAAUUCCUCUUUUUAAAUUUUGCUAUGACUAGUGAAGAAAAUACAUUUAUACUAACAUAUUUUACGUGCAGCCUUUAUUUAGGUUCAAAGAACCAGGUAGGUCUAGCUUGUGUUGCAGCUUAAAUGUUAUUUAUUCAUCUGUGUUUGUUUCCUUUAUAUCCUUAAUUAAAGAUUCAAGGUUACUUAUUCUGUGAAUAUGUCUUAACUUUUAUCAUUUUCCAGUGUAGGUUGGGUAGGCAUAUCUGAGAACAUACAUGUGACAAGAGUUUCACAUUCCAUGAUAAGAAAAAAGCUUAAAGUAAAUUUUACAGAAAGCACAAAACCAUGUUCCCUCAUGUGUGUAACUCCACAUGUGGAAAGCACAAGACUAACAGUAUUCUCAGUAUCCCACAAGUGCCCGGCAUAAAAAGCCCGCCAUGGGUCAUCUCCGGAGUUGUCAGGACGAGCCCCACAGUGUUGCAAGCCCCGGACAGUGAGAGGUGCCUGAGUCGGGGGUCCUCAGUCAUAAGAGAGUCAGUGUUCUAGUCUGAGGACCUGUGUGCUGCUUUGGUGGAGGAGACGGUACUACUGUCAAGACUGCUGCAGUUGUGCUGGGGGGUCACCAGCUCAGACGGGCACUGUGGGCUCCUCCCUACAAUCAAACUGGAGAAACAGGAACAGACUUCUAGGUUUCUGGUGGGUGGAACAUUUUGACAAACUUCGGCUUUAAGCUGUAGAGCCUUUGGGUUAUUUUUUUUAAUCAUAGAUCUAUAGGAAAUUUUACCCCCCCGUCAAUAGCACCCUGAGAGCAUGGAGAAGUCUCACAUUUUAAUAGGGCAAAUACUAAUCUUUAAUCUUCGUGUAAGUUUAAUAAGCUUAAGUUAUUUUUUCAUAUGCCUGGCUACCCUUCAUUUUAAUAGAGCAGAAUUCGAUCCAGGUGUCAUAAGCAUCAAACAAAGUGAGACAUCUGCCAAAUGGAACUACUUUUUGCUUUUCACAUUGGUUGUAAGAGUCUAAAGGAUUCUUUUGCCUGUUUCGUUACAAGACUAGAUUAGAUGAAAUCUAUGAAUAUGCCUGCAAAAGAAGAAAAAAAUGUGUUUUUUUGCACUCAGCAUUGCCCUUAUUUUACUCCUCAACUUUCUUCAUCUGAAUAGUCCCUGUUUAUCAGCAAUGAAUAAAUACAUCUCUCUCUUGGAUCUUGCCCAUAUGUCAAAAGAUAGGAAAACUCAGAAUGGAGAGAAGUGACUACCUUUUUCCCACUCUCUGUUUCAUAUGUUUAUCUUAGGGAUAGUCAGUUUUAAUAAUAACAUGGAAUGAAGAUUCGAGCUGGUGUAGACUGAUGGUGUAGACUGAUGGAACAUGGUUUAGAAGAAUGAACCUGGGCACUUUGAGGGAGAGAGUAUGGCCUACAGCAGAAAGCCAGCAAGUGUGUCCCUACAGCAGUUUCUGAGAGUGUAGCACCUCAGGCUUUGGUGGAGUUGAGGAGAGGAGUGAGAAAUACAGGGGAAAGGAGAAGUUUGAGGAACAUCUUUGGCUUAGCCAUGCGUGAUAAGGCAAAGCAGUAAUAACCUGUUAGUCCUAUAUACUAUAUAGAAUGUGCUCUGUACCUUUAAAUUUUGUUUUUAAGUCUAAUUAGUUUUUAAGAACUUAAAGGAUGCUUUUGAAGAUUCCUUUGGCAGAAUAUCUUUCAUUUCUAAUUUCCAUGAAAAAUUGCUUUAAUUAGUCUAGGUGAACGUGGUUGUAGCAGUGUAAAUAUGUACAAUUAGAACUUUCUAAUUUCACUGUGAGAUCUCUUUUGAGUGGCAAACAGAUCAACUAGUCUUUUUUGCUCAUGAACUUUUCUGUGGGGUUGUUAAAAUGCAAAAGCUUUAUUACUUUCUUUUUAAAUAAUGACCUAUUACAUUCGUGUCAGAUGAUGGUAUGGAAUCUGUUGCCCUGCUCCCCCACCACUGUCGCUUCAGUUGAUGGGUUGCCGACAGUUCAGAGAUGAAGUGAGGAUGCACCCUUUGUUUGCUUGGACAUCCCGUCUUUGUUGCCUGGACCUGUGUUGGCGAUCACACAUGAGCUAUGUUAUGUUUCUCAGUGCUGCUGCUGCUGCUGCUCCUUUUUUUUUGAUAAGGUGGAUAUCAAAAAUAGUUGCUGUGCAAAAGUUAGUAGUCUUCUUCAAGAAGAAAACCAAUUCCUUUUAUAAUAUCCUGUGAAAUUGCUUCAUUCAUUCCUUUAUUUUUAAGCCAAAUGUCAGCAGAGUACUGCUGCCUUCUAUCUAGUAAUUUUGAUAUGUAAGUAUUAACGCAUUUUUAACAGAUGUCUACAUUGAAAAAUGUUUUUCCCAGCGUCCUGCCUCUUAAAGCUUUGUUCACAUGUUCUGUGAGAGCCCAGUCUGUGCACUGGGGUGUGUGUUGUAUACAUGGAUUGUUUUGUCACUUACGCAUUGUAGACCAAAUGUGAUCUUAAAUGAAGUUGUUGAGUUAUUGGUGAGUUUUUUGACUUGUAAACUGAUUUCCAGUGUACGCUUCAUUGUCUGCAGUGUGUUUUUUUUUUUUUAAGGUUUGACUUAUCAAGUCCAUCUCAUUGUACAAUGUUUUAGUUGCGAACAGAAAGUAGAAUUUGGUAUAAACCAGGUAACUUCCAUAUUGAAAGGCAUACAAUUGAAAUUGUAGAUUUAGGAUUGUUAACCAUACAUGACAAUUCUAACUUGACUAUUCUAACCUAUUGUAUACAAUCUGAUUUUUUAAAUUGUAGACGUGUAUGAUCUUGGUUUAAUGUGUUUUUAAAAGUGUUAUUGUUUUAAAAAGAAAAAAAAUUAAGCAAAUCUGCUAAAGAGCUGUCAGUUUUCAUUACUGACUCUGUAAAAUACACUGUUCUUUGUGUACUGUGUGUUAUUUUGCCAGCUGCUGCAUUAGCCUUUAAAAGUAUUUGGAAACUUAAGAUGAACUACAUUUCUUGCAAAGUAUAUUCCUUUCUGUGGUAUUUUGUCCUGUAACUGAAGUAUAGUAAUUAUUUUAUGGAAACGUUAGCACUUCUGUACCGACUUUGAAUAAAAUGAAAAAUUUACA